AUGCGGAUGUAUGUAGAAGCUUCGUUCGCUCGUCAUGAGCUAGGAACAGAAGUGAUCCCAAGCAAUUCCAGGUCCCACAGCUGCCUAUUAUCUGGUGUAUAUAUUGGGAACGUGAAGGUCCUGGUGCGUUUGUCAUUUGGAAUCGAUGGUCAGAGAGAUGUUGCGAUGAAGUUAGCCGUACGCUCCGAGGAUGAAAGCGUCAGUGAUGCCAUACACGAGAUCGUGGCGAGUGGUUGAUUUGCGUAAUCAAUUUUUCUACUCUUUUGUCAUUAGAAAGGAGAGUUGAAGUGGAAUUUUGCAGACGGGGCCGAAACUUCUCGGCAUAGGGGGUGGGUGGACAUUGAUUUGUGCGACUCCGCUUCAUUCUCUAAGUAGAUAUGAUUCAAAGUGAAAAUAGGGAGCAAAAGAAGAUUCUUCGAUUUUCUUGCCGACUUAGCUUUAGUCGAGCCAGUCUGCCUCAGUGAUCCCGCUCAUAUACGAUGAACAUGGCGGCACUUCGCUACAUUGGCAUUGUGAACUGUCUAAUAAUUGUUUCGAUCAUGCA